AACACCAAUAAAAACAUGACAAAAAGUCGUCUACAUCAUUUGCACGCAGCAGGUUGAGUGAGGUCCGUAAAGUUGAUUCUUUCUAACUUCUAAACGUUCCCAUUAUUUGCAUUAAAAUGAGUGGAGGACUUGCACCUAGUAAGACGACGUGUUAUGUCUCAAAUCUACCAUUUUCACUGACGAACAACGAUCUGCAUAAAAUCUUUGAAAAAUAUGGCAAAGUUGUGAAGGUGACCAUUUCAAAGGACAAGGAGACAAGGAGGAGUACAGGCGUGGCAUUUGUUUUAUUCCUUCAAAAAGAUUCCUGUUUCAAGGCAAUCAAGGGUCUUAACGGUAGAGAGCUGUUUGGAAGAAAGUGGAAGGUAUCCAUAGCAGCAGACAAUGGACGAGCGGCAGAAUUCAUCAAAAAGAAGAAUUAUCCAGACAAAACGAGAUGCUAUGAAUGUGGUGAGUUUGGUCACCUGAGUUACAACUGCCCUAAGAACUCCCUCGGUGACAGGGAACCCCCCAAGAAGAAAGAGAAGAAGAAGAGGAAACGGGAGGAUGAGAUAGAGGAGGAGUACAAAGAUUCAGAGGAGGAGGAAUCUGAGGGAGAGGAUCCAGCACUAGAGAGCCUUGGAGCAGCCAUCAGCUUCCAGAGGGCGAAAGAAGAGGAAGAUGUCUACAGAGACACUGUGGCACGAGGAGCCUACAAUGAGUUUGCCUCAUUCUCCUCUUCAUCAGUCCAAGGACCUCCCUCAAAGAAGCUCAAAUUGAAGCAGAGCUCCUACUUCAGUGAUGAGGAGGAAAUUGACGGGGACUGAGUCGGCUUUGAGGGGAUACUU